AUGGUGAAACUUCCGCUCCCACUACCGAAUCUUCGCAACUCCCCAAUGGACAAGCUUUGUUAUGAUUUGAAGUUGGAAAUCUUUGAACGAAUGGAUCUAAAGGACGUCAUCGAAUUGAUGAAGAACAAGACGAAAUUGUCGCGGAUGUUUGAUCUCCGUUUUGAAAUCCCCUCGUCAAAAAGAUUCGUCACUGUUCGAACUUUUCUGAUCCUGCAUGUAGACUAUUCGCUCACGGAUAAGAAAACGAAAAUGAUCUCGGGAAUGCUCGAAUGCUUAGCUUCGGUUCAGGAGAUCCGACCCGUCAAAGACUAUGAGGCUCUUUGCAAAUACUUGUUGAUAUUCAAGGGAAGCAUCCUCUCCGAUGAACCUAAUCCAAAACAGGAUCAACAAUUGCAAGAUCUCGUUGAAAGGACGUGG